AUGGACCGACGCGCUCCGCACCGAUGCGCUUUGCUCUGGGCGACGUUGUCCAAGGUGGCAACAGCGCGUGACGACGCGGCGCGCACCGAGCUCCUCGUGCAGCUCCUGCGCCUCGAAGCGCACGUCACGACGUACAAGGGUCCACCUCCGAAGACGUGCCUCUCCAAGGUGUUGGGCGACGAUCGCGUCGCCUACAUGGUUGGUCUCUACACCACGCCGUUGGUGCUGGAUUACGUGGCCUCGCUCGAUACUCACGACGCGUUGUACUCGCCAGUCAACAUUGCCGCCCCUGCGAUCAUGCAGAGCUUCGCUCGCUUUAUCCGUAGCUAG